AUGCCGCAAUGCUGCAAAAUUGGUUCCGCAUCUUCAAGAAAGAUCAUUGAUGAGCCCAUGUGGCACGAAAACGUGUGUGGGGUACGUGGUCUACGUCAUAAGGACUAAUUGAAUCACGCAUAUAGCGUCAUUCUUCUACAUUCCAGGCGUAACCUGUCCCCAUUUUGGACGCUCCGCGAAGUUCAACAACCCCGAACCCACGCAUCGGGCAUCAUCGCCCCGCCCCCUCUCAAUCGAUCGAUAGAUGAUCCCAACUUUCAAGGAAAGCUUUGUCUGGCAUUCAUUAGAAAGCAAAGGUCCAUUUCCGCUGUUGUUGUUGUUGUUGUUCCAUUCGCCUUUCCAUUUCAGUGCUGCCAACAGUGAAAUAGCAACGACAGCUUUCUUUCCAGAUAUUUUUUCAUAAUCAUCCAUCAUGUCCGAAGCAGACGAGAUUCCAGUUCAUCUGAUGCCCGUUGCGGCCCUGUUGGGAAUGGUCGCCUUGACUUGUGCCGCUCGUGCCGGCUAUAUCAUUUACGUCAAUUUGACCUACGAACCACUCUCUCGAAAACCCGCUCCUGCCAUUGCCUUGGACUCGAAUCCAUUCAUGCUAUUGUGUGGCGUCUUGGUAGCGUGUCUCGCUGGAUACGGCAAGAUUGUCGCCACCAUUAACGAAGCCUAUGCCAAAUCGGAGCAUGCACUCUUUGAUCCCUUUGAUCUAUUGGGCCUUACCGAAGCGGAUGCCAGCGACAAGGCGGUCGUCACAUCGGCGUAUCGAGAAAUGGCCAAAAUCCAUCACCCGGACAAGGGAGGAUCGCAGGAAAUGUUCAUGAAGAUCCAGUAUGCCUAUGAAGCGUUGACGGAUGAAUUGGGAAUGCAGAAUUUUCAAAAAUAUGGACAUCCAGAUGGACCCGUCUCGGUCCCAUCCUUCCAGUUGGCAUUGCCCUCGUGGCUCAUUUUUCCCGAAGGAAAUGUCGCCGUGAUCAUGUUGGUACUCUACUUGGCCAUGUUUGCCGGUAUUGCCUACAUUGUGGUCAGUCAGCUCAACAAAAAGGAACCAGAAGUCAAAGCAACUAUGGACACAAAUACUGUCUCCCUGGAUGAUCUGGGAUACCUUGGAAAAGUCUUGUCGCCCACUUCUUCCCAUUUUGAAGUCCUCUUGGCCAUUGCAAGCACUCCAGAAAACAUUGUAUGGGCACAGGAUAACCUAGACAAGAUUGAAGUCAUGCGCAAAGAAGCCAUUGAAGAAAAGAAGAACGUCAAACCCGAAAGCAAAAAGAAGGAAUCCAUGACCUUUGAUGAACUUGAUGAGGGAGGAUGGGAUGAUGACGACGAGGAAGAAGAUGAAUCUGCCAAACAGGCAGCGAUGCUCGCCAAAAAGGCAGAAGAAGAAAAGGCCAGACACAUGGAACAGCUCAAGAAAGCUACUGGACAAGCCAAGGAGCCACUCGAGGGAAUUGACGAAGGCGUCGUGGGACACGCAUGGGUCCAGGCCACCCUGUUUGAAAAGGGACACUGGCCUCCCAAGAACCUUUACUUCCUGAAGGACCAAAAGUUUGAUUACAAAGGGAAAAAAGUCUCUGCUCUGGAUCAACCGGGUCUGCAACGUAAUCUUCAAAUGACCAUGGGGCGAAUCAACUCGAGAAUGCUCAAUACUCACCCAGAAUUGCUGGCUGCUGGAGAGAAAAAGUUGUUGGAUCAAACCUAUUUCAAAAACAACCUGGAAUAUCGCAGUCGAGCUGGUGUUUUGCUAGAGGCAACCUUGCGGUUGGCCAUUUGCCUCAAUUCCUAUUCUCUCACAAAAACAAUCGUGGAGGCAGUGGCGCAGUUCAAAAUCGGGUGCACGGGGGAUAAUGUGGAAUGGUUCGAAGGUGUCAUCAAACGAGAAUAUGGCUGCUUGCCGCGUUUGGAGAUCAAAGAAAAGAAAAUUGAAACACCUGGAGAGUCAGAAAUUGCUACGGGCGACCUUUGUUGUAUGGAGGUUGAUCUUGAACGCACUCACGCCGAAAAAUUCACAACACGAAAGAUUGAAAUGUUCAAGAAGCAAGGAAUUCCUCCGCAAGUAGCAUUUCAGAGUUUUCGAGAAGGAUGGUGGUUCCUUGUGCGGGCACAGCGAAUCGACGGAGAGGGCAAACCAAACGAGAUCGACAAGGAAAGUCCUCUAGUCGCCAAGUUGGACUCUGAGGACCUCCAAAAAUUUGAGGAUGUCAACGCUGAUGACAGUCUCUUUCAAGCAUGGCCAAUGCUGGUUAGGAACAUUGCACAGAAAUCAGGAAGGGUCAAGCUUCAAUUCAAGGCACCAUCGGUUGCCGGAAAGUACAAGUUCGUAGUGACCGUGAUGAGCCAGGAAUUUUUGGGUGCAGACGAUGAAUUUUCGUUGGAAGCCCAAGUAGUGGACAUUGAGACAUUGGAUCGAGAGGUCAAGACGAAAGGAGAACAGAUUGGGAUGGUCAUGAAUCCGAAUCAGGCGAAAGAGGAGGGUGAGGCCAAGGCUGAACCCGUGGAUUAGAGCGGUGCUGACCACCGACCCCCUAUGUUGCUCUGGAUUUACUGUAGCAAUUAGUUCUCGCUUGUUGAUCUCUUU